AUCGAAUAAAUAAUCCCUUCUCCAAAAUCUUCGCAGUCGCCGCCACACACACACAAAUAUCACUUUUCUUCAAUUCACACACUCACAAUUUGAGAAGAAAAAUCUGUAGAGAAGGAUAGAAUUUAGAAGGAAUUCACGCUUCAUUUCAUUACACAACCGACCAAGAGAGCGCCGAGAGAGAGGGCGGAAGAGCACAAUCCUCCUACAACCCCAUUUCCCUCCUACACCAACGGUGAUUUCUCGCAAGUGAGUCGUCAUCGUAAAUGCAAGAAAAUAAUUAAAGAGUUAAGCGAACGAGGUUGAGCGGCGACGAACUGGGUGGUGUUGAGCUACAAUAGAAGUUGUGUUUCUCUUUGAAUUUCGAGUGUUGUUGUGUCUUCAUACAUGACAUCACUCUUUCUCUUUGCCACCCGGCGUACGUUAGCCACCCUAUUAUCUCGCCACUCUCGUACUUCCCUUUCUGCCCUCUUCCACACCCUCAACCACCACCAGCCCGUCGUGGAGCGGUUCUUCUCUCAAACUCGAUUGAGCUCGUCGCGUGCAGGGUAUUCUCCGCUGAACGACCCGUCACCCAACUGGAGCAACCGCCCCCCGAAGGAGACGAUUCUCCUCGAUGGCUGUGAUUACGAGCACUGGCUUAUCGUGAUGGAGUUCGAUUCGGAUCCCAAGCCCACUGACGAAGAGAUGGUUAAUGCUUACGUCAAAACCCUAGCUUCUGUGGUUGGAAGUGAAGAAGAAGCAAAAAAGAAGAUAUAUUCUGUGUGCACAUCAACAUACACUGGGUUUGGAGCUCUCAUCUCUGAAGAGCUUUCUUACAAAGUUAAAGGCCUGCCUGGUGUUCUAUGGGUGUUACCCGAUUCAUAUCUCGAUGUUCCCAACAAGGACUAUGGUGGUGAUCUCUUUGUGGAUGGGAAAGUCAUUCAUAGGCCGCAAUACAAGUUCACCGAGAGACUACAAAACACGAGAAUCAGGCCUCGUCCAAGACACGACACCCGUCGUGAAACAAUGCAGGUUCAGAGGGGACAGACGAGGGCUUCUGAUCAGCUGCCUCCUGCUACGCAAUCAGGAGCGUCGGGAGAUUGGAAUGCGAGCCGUGGCAGUGCAUGAUGGUUUAGGAGCAUGCGAGUAUGGAUGACGUUUUGAGUGAUGGGAUAUGGUUGUUGAAGCAUGUGGUAUUUUAUGAAAUCGUGGAUAGAAGUGAAGUAUGAGGCUAUGAACUAUGGUUGCAAGAAAUAUGAAGCAUGAAUUGUGUUUAUUUAAUAAUUGAUGGAUGUUAAGGUAUGAAACUAUGAGCUAUGUUUGAUAAA